AUUUCCUCACAUUAGAUUUUAGAAAGAAUUCACUUAAUGCUUCACAUAUUCUAUCACAAUGCUGAUACAUUUAACAUGAGUCAAUUGUUGAGUUACUUUCAUUGUAUUUGUGAACAUUUUUGAAUUUUUAGUUUUUUGAUUCUUGGGGAGAAAAACUAAGCAUAAUAUUGUUAAUGUAGUGUAAGUAUUAGAGGACAUGGAUACAAUGUGUUGAUGUAACAUAUUGAAUUGGUAUUUCCAGACUUUUAUUUCAGUGCUUUUUUUGUUAGAAAAGUAGGCUAAGAAAAAGAUAUUGUAACUUUGAACCAUGAAAGGUGCAUACUGAGAAAUUGUUUUGACACACUGGGAGCAAAAAACACUGCUUGCUGAAUCUGAAGAAUGUUGGUUUUUGAAUGUGGAAUUGAUAAACUCAAGAUGUGCCAUCAGUGUUAUAUAGGUUUCAUUUAUAAUUUCCAGUUUUUAGAUAUGCAUCUACAUUAUCUGUGAUUCUUAUCUGUGUUCAACCCAAGUUUGAAUUUUAGCCACUGUCACAUGGUAAGUUAACCAUAGUUUCAAUCCUGAUAAGAGAAACCUUGUAAAAUAAAACAUAUCUUUAAUUUGAGGCAGUAUUUUAAACACAGUUUUAUCUCUGUGUAAGGAAAUGUGGAGAGGGCAAAGGAGGAAAAACAGUGAAAUCUUGGUGUUUUAUUUCAGAAUCAUUGCAUUUUUGCUUUCCCUACUAGUGGUAGAGUGAAGGUAGAUUAGGACCUACUAGAUCUCUGGGUGAUUUACAGUUCAUCAGCAAGAUAUUAUGUAGCACAAAAAUAAAGCUUAGAAGUAAACCAGGAAUUGAUUAUUUUAUGAAAGAUCUUGUGCGUUCCAUGCAGUCAUGCCAGCCACAUGACCUUGGAGGUGUCUACGGACAACGCCAGCGCUUUGGCUUAGAAAUGGAGAUGAGCACCAACCCCCAGAGUCAGACAUGACUGGACCUUUACCUUUACCUUUACCCUUUCUGCUACUUGCCUCAAAGCUUUGAUAUACAAUUCAUGACUUGACAGUUCUAGUUCAUCAUGUCAUCUGAUGCAAAAUAUCAGCAAUGUUGUAAAGGAAAUAAAUUCAAGCUUAAUCCAAACAAAAAAGGGCAUUUUAUAGGCAGGCCAAAGAAAAGGGUUCUGCUGAGCCUGUGGUGGUCUGGAGACCCAAGUUUGAUGAUGGUUCUAUUCAACUCAAUCUGAAACCUAAAUGUAUAGGUAACAGCUGUAGCUAGAGAGGCACUAACCCAGGUAAGGCUAGUAUGCCAGCUCUACCUGCUCUGAGAGAUGUCAUUUCUAGCCAUUACAGUACAUGCCCUGCCAAAGAAGGCUGGUCUAUUUCCAUUAUUGUCAUCCAUUUUCUGAUACAAAAUGACAUUUGUAUUAAGAAUAGGUUUUUUACUUUUAAGCCAAGUUUUUACUGAAUGCUGACGUAGUUGUGUGUUGGUUGCAGUAUCAUUUAAAAUUUAUAGAUUUAGUUGUUUUUUUAUAUAUUUUAAUCCUAACUUGCUAUUUUAUUGUUGUUAGUAGCCUGUAGCACUGUUCUGAAGUGCAAGAAGAAGACAUAAAUCGUACAUUCAUAGAUAGUACCUGAGGCACAGGUGGGUCCACUUCAGACUUUCAAAAACUACUGUGUUUAUUAGAAAAACAAAGUUCUUCUGCAAUGGCAUGUGCAAAAGAUCACAUAAUGAACAUAUUCUAUGAUUCUAUUAUUCUAUCCCAGGAAUUUCUGAUCAGUACUAAAACUAAAUCCACAAGAUAAAGGUAAGGUAAAGGUUUCCCCUGACGUUAAGUCCAGUCAUGUCUGACUCUGGGGGUUGGUGCUCAUCUCCAUUUCUAAGCCAAAGAGCCGGCAUUGUCCAUAGACACCUCCAAGAUCAUGUGGCCGGCAUGACUGCACGGAGCGGCGUCACCUUCCCACCAGAGCGGUACCUAUUGAUCUACUCACAUUUGCAUGUUUUCGAACUGCUAGGUUGGCAGGAGCUGGAGCUAACAGCGGGCGCAGAAGCCGCUCCCGGAAUUUGAACCUGGGACCUUUCGGUCUGCAAGUUCUGCAGCUCAGCGUUUUAAUGCACUUCGCCACCAGGGCUCCACUUUCACUUACAGAAAGUGUAAGAAAGCAUUUACAUCAUGUUUUCCAUGAUGAUGUUUACUACAGUGAAACGCUGAUGACAGCAGCUUGGAUUUGUUGUUAUUUUUCUUUCCUUAAGGAAAUCAAGUCAUAAUUAGGGGAUGAGCACACAGGAAGUUUGUACUAAUUUUUUGAGUUGUUUCUGCUAGGUUGUAUUUAUAUCCAGGAUUCAUACAAACGAAUCAGAAGUUGCAACCUUCUUAACCAUAUGAGCAGGUUGUCCAUGAAGGGGAAAAAGAACGACCCAAACAAUUACCGUGAGGGCAGCCUCACAUCAAUACCAGGCAAGAUUCUGGAAAAGAUCAUUCAGGAAGUGGUCUGCAAACACUUAGAAACAAAUGCAGUCAUUGCUAAUAGUCAACACGGAUUUACCAAAAACAAGUCAUGCCAGACUAAUCUGAUCUCUUUUUUCGAUAGAGUUACGAGUUGGGUCAAUACAGGGAAUGCCGUGGAUGUAGCGUACCUGGAUUUCAGUAAGGCCUUCGACAAAGUCCCCCAUGACCUUCUGGCAAACAAACUAGUAAAAUGUGAGCUAGACAAAACUACGGUUAGGUGGAUCUGUAAUUGGCUAAGCAAACGAACCAGAGGGUGCUCACCAAUGCGUUGUCUUCAUCUUGGAAAGAAGUCACGAGUGGAGUGCCGCAGGGUUGCGUCCUGGGCCCGGUUCUCUUUAACAUCUUUAUUAACGACUUAGAUGAAGGGUUAGAAGGCACGAUCAUCAAGUUUGCAGACGACACCAAACUGGGAGGGAUAGCCAACACUCCAGAAGAAAGGAGCAGAAUUCAAAACGAUCUUGACAGACUAGAGAGAUGGGCCGAAACUAACAAAAUGAAGUUCAGCAGGGAUAAAUGCAAGAUACAUCAUUUCGGCAGAAAAAACGGAAUGCAAAGAUACAGAAUGGGGGACACCUGGCUAGACAGCAGUAUAUGUGAAAAAGAUCUUGGAGUCCUUAUGGACAACAAGUUAAACAUGAGCCAGCAAUGUGAUGCGGCUGCUAAGAAAGCCAAUGGGAUUCUGGCCUGCAUCAAUAGGGGAAUAGCAUCUAGAUCCAGGGAAGUCCUGCUCCCCCUCUAUUCUGCCUUGGUCAGGCCACACCUGGAAUACUGUGUCCAAUUCUGGGCACCACAGUUGAAGGGAGAUGUUGACAAGCUGGAAUGUGUCCAGAGGAGGGCAACUAAAAUGAUCAAAGGUCUGGAGAACAAGCCCUAUGAGGAGAGGCUUAAAGAACUGGGCAUGUUUAGCCUGCAGAAGAGAAGGCUAAGAGGAGACAUGAUAGCCAUGUACAAAUAUGUGAGGGGAAGUCAUAGGGAGGAGGGAGCAAGCUUGUUUUCUGCUGCCCUGCAGACUAAGAUGCGGAACAAUGGCUUCAAACUACAGGAAAGGAGAUUCCACCUGAACAUCAGGAAGAACUUCCUCACUGUGAGGGCUGUUCGGCAGUGGGACUCUCUCUCCCAGACUGUGGUGGAGGCUCCUUCUUUGGAAGCUUUUAAAAAGAGGCUGGAUGGCCAUCUGUUGGGGGUGCUUUGAAUGCGAUUUCCUGCUUCUUGGCAGGGGGUUGGACUGGAUAGCCCAUGAGGUCUCUUCCAACUCUACUAUUCUAUGAUUCUAUGCAUGGAUUUUUGCAUCAGAUAUUGAUAUACCCUCUCAAGAUAGUAGUUGUUUAGGGCAGUAGUCAAAGCAAAUAAAUAAAGACUUUUCCACUUCUGCUGCUCAUUGCACAAAACCUGUAGAAUAAAUUUUCUCUCCUAUGCAUGCCUUUUAGACUGAAACUUCCAAGGAAAACAUGGUUUGAAUAGGCUGGGUCAUCCUGUUUUCCACAGAAGGAAGUGAAAAAGGAGUGAAAUGUUUUUGAUAGUUAUUCAGAUACAGUAUGAAAAUACUUUUCCAGUAGACUUUGUGCCCUUCACUUGUCCCCAACAGAAAGAAGAUACUGUUUAUUUGAAGGGUCCAAAGUUUUGAUGUAGGUAUGAAGCAUUUGGAAAAUGGCUAUAAAUAGUAUAGAACUGGAAAAAUAUUAUGGUUCCCUCCCUGUAUUAUUAUUCUCAUAUGAUGAUCCAUAUCUGCUGUAUUUCUCUCUUGUCUCCUUUCAUCAAUUGCAUCUUCUGGGUUUGGAUUUGAAACAUUUAUAUCUGGCAUGUAGACUAUAUGAUAGUAUUAUGUUCUCUUAGUAUAAAGCCAGUACUGUGGUUUCUGUCUCAUAUUGCUGAGAAACAUGUCGGACUGCUACAGGGUAAGCUGUUUAUGGCCUUCAUGGACUUGAAAUUAGCAUUUGACUCCAUCUCUAGAAUUAAACAAUGGGAAAAAAUGGGCAAGAACUUAAAUGAUAAAAGAGUUCUAGGACUUAUUAAGGCCCUGUAUAGUGACAGUAAGCUACAGAUCAGAUGUGGCAACCUUGGACAACUUUCUGGAGAAAUAUUCAUGCCCAGAGGAGUCAGACAAGGCUGCAUCCUUGCCUCUACCUUGUUUAAUAUAUUCAUCAAUGAUCUAGAAGAAACCUUAUCAGACCCCAGUGGACAUCUGCCCAAGCUUGGAAUAACCAGGAUGUUGAAUAUAUUCAUUACAUCUUAUUGUCUGCAGUUUUUACAAAUUGGCUAAGCCACAUGUUAUUCACCCACUACUGAGCAACCUACCUGGUAGAUCAGCCCAAUUCCAUGUAAAGUUUUUUAGGUGACAGUUCCUCCCAUGUGACCCUGGCUGUUGCCAAGUUUCUCUCUGAGGUAGCCAGGGUACAACUUCCUGCAUUAUUAAGUACCGUAAUUACUCAAGUAUAAGCUGACCCGAAUAUAAGCUGAGGCACCUAAUUUUAUCACAAAAAACUGGGAUAACUUAUUGACUCAAGUAUAAGCCAAGGGUGGGAAAUGCAGCAGCUACUGGUAAAUUUCAAAAUAAAAAUAGAUAUUAAUAAAAUUACAUUAAUCAAGGCCUCAGUAGGUUAAAUGUUUUUGAAUAUUUACUGUAUUUCAAAGAAAAACAAUAAACUAGCUCUGUAAGUGGAAAAGUAGGGGCAACAAAAAAAUUGUAUCAACAAUAACCUAAUAACAACAACAACAACAACAAUAAUAAAACUUUGGAUCUCACCCUAUCUCCCCAUGGGGACUCAGGUCAGCUGCCAACAUAGUAACAGGCAAACAUUUAAUGCUUAUAUAAACAAAGCAGAGCUAGAUAUAGAUCUAUAAUUAUAUAUACUAAUAUCACAUAUGCAUUUUCCCCUGAAACAUUUGCAAAUCCUCUAUGUGUGUGUGUGUGCAUUUCCCCCGUAACAUUUGCAAACCCUAUAUAUAGGUAGGUAAGAAUAUAUUCAUAUUUAUCCAGACAUCUCUCUAUAGAUAAUUAUAUCUAUAUAGGAUUUGCAGAGACUUGCAAACAUCUGAGGAUAAAUUCAUAUAUAAAAAUAAUGUAGAUAGAUAGAUAGAUGGAGAUAUAUGGUUACAUAAGGAUUGCAAAAGCUUACAAGGGGUUAAUGCCUAUAUAUCUGUAGGAGAGUUUAACAAAUCUUUCAGGGGAAAAUGCUUUCAUAAGAUUAAUGAAUAUACAUUUUUCUUCCUGACUUGCAAGGGCGUCUUUCCCUUUCCAACCAUUCCCUUGAUUAAGAGCAAGAGAAGUUUUGCAAAAGAAAACACACUGAUAAGGGUAAGAGAGAAAUAUAUAUUGCAAGCAAUAGCCUGCAGACUCCAUUGCCGGCCUAAAGGGCUGAAAAACUCGGCUUAUCUUCGAUUAUAUACAGUAGUCUUAUCAGUUUAUGAAUCUGCUGUGUACCUUUUCUGCUGAGCAAAUUGGGUCUUUGAACGGUAAUAAAGAUGGAUGAUUAGUAGUGUGCUUUUGCUGGAUUUGUAUUAACAAAAUGUAAUGCUGCACAUCAAACACAAUCAAUGUUUCAAAAGCAUCCUAAUAUAUGGUUUGGGCAUUGGACUAUGACUCCGGAGGUCGGGUUUUGAAAUUCCCUGGGCGACCUUGCCUAGGAAAAUAAAGGCAAAGCAGCCCUGAACAAAACUUCAGUAUAUCCCAGUAGGGUCACUUUAGGGUCAUCUUGAAUCAGAAACAAAUUGAAAGCAGUCAAGAAACUACAGGAUGGUUCCACUGAUUAAUGCUGACAGUCCAGAGGGAAAAUACAAGGAACCUUAUGUGAAGUACUGGGCAAACACACAUGGCUUCACUGGAGGCCAGGACUUCCCAGUUACAGUGGUCAGUGGGUUAAGAAAGGUGGCAAUGCCUCAUAAAAAAGAAGGGGUAAAGUCUCGGGUAUGAAAAGUCACAACAGAAGAUCCCCUUUGACAAUAUUUCUCAUUUUCAUAAGAAUGAAAGUUGUUUUCCCCACUUUACUGUUAUGUUUCUUCAAGUAAAUUCUGACUUACAGUGACGUUACCGAGAGUUUCUUCGGAAGAUCUGUUCAGAGAGUGUAGCUUUCCCAAGGCCACACGGUCGGUUUCAGUGGCCGAACCCUGAUCUCCAGAGUUAUCCAGCUCUUAACUGCUACACUGCAUUGACUCUCGCUUUAAUUUUGAAUCAUGCAAUUUCGAAUUAGCCUUGUUUUAGCUAGAGAUAACAAAUGGAAGAAAAAGUGAGAUUAUCAUCUGCUGUCACACUGAUGAGAAUCUGAAAUGUAGGUACCUGUUUAAGGCAGCCUGGUGUCCAUGGUAGGGAUGUUAAGCCUCCAUUGUGUUGAUUAAACUUAAAAUGUUCCAUUACAACAUGUAUGAGGUUGCCUACAGUGCAUGUUGAAAAUGGUCAGAUGCAACGUUUGUAAAAAAAAAGAACUGGCUGUUCUUAAUAGGCUAGGCUUUUAGGCAUCAUGGAGUGUGUUACAACCACAUUUUUAAUCACUGUGAUAAAAUGUAUUUCACAUUGUUUUUAAUUGUAUAUUUAAUAUUGCAUUCUAGUGCAUUGCAUUGUGGUUUAUUCUAUUUUGUUCCUUUUUUCUACUGGCCAUAUAUAUUUAUACGUGUAUGCAGUUUUAAUGUAAUGGAAGUUCACAGAAGUGGUUUUGGUAGCAAGACUUCUUGGAAUCCAGUCAAGACUGUCCAGCCAGCAAGGAGUUAACUAACCAUCUGCUGGGAAGAGGAAAUGAAGGCUUUGCUGCCUGAUUGUAUUGACAGGCGCUGUGGGUAUGCCUAUUAAAAGUCCACCACCUAGAAGUCUGCCUUGUUUUCUGGUUGCCUUGCUUUUGCUGCAGAACCAACAUGCUGCAUCAGAUAGCCUUGCUGGCCACAGUUACUAUUUUGGGAGUCUUGGAACAAGCCUAUUUUGCCAUGCAGGUGAUCUAUGCUCGGCGGAAGUGCAAAAUCUCUCCACCUCUAACAACAGGUCCACAAGAAUUUGAAAGGAUCUUCAGAGCCCAAGCAAAUUGUUCCGAAUACUUUCCAAUAUUUCUGUCACUUUUAUGGGUCUCUGGAGUCUUUUCCAAUCAAGCUUUGGCUGCAUUUUGUGGGUUAAUUUAUCUGUACGCUCGCUAUCAGUACUUCGUUGGGUAUGCACAUUCAGCACAAGAAAGAUUGAGGCCCAUGUACUUUAGUGCUGGUGUACUGUAUGUCCUUAUUGCCUUGUCUGUGGUAGGGCUCAUGGCCCAUUUUAUCGCCUUCCCUUAUUUUUGAUUCUAGCACUUAGCUGUCAAGUUAGUCAUGACAAACAGUCCCGGUUAUUUUACGUCACCAACCUCUACUUUUAUUUCUUUUUCCUCACAUUUGAGUGCCUGUAUCUCAAUUAUUUAGCAAGCAGUUCAACGGAAAUGUCUUUUCUGAGCCAUGUUGAUGUUACUAUGACUUUGAACCUCAAAAAUGUCAUUUGAUUAGUUCUCACUCUUAAAAAGAGUGUUUUAGAUUUUUAUUUAUACAAGGAAGAAUUUUGAGCAAUGCUUGUGAAAUGUUCUGUGUACUCAGAGCUGGUUUUUGCUUCCUGGACAUUCAGUUAUCUGAUUAAGCGAUGCCUGCAUGAAACAAUGCCCCAAAUUUGGUUGCUGGUCCCAACAGGACUGGAAUAAUUGAACUAAAAUGAUACGUGGAAAGUUGCAUUUACGGAAUUUCCAUUGGCUUAGUGAGUCUACUUCAGUUGAAAGUAUUAACUGGGUUUAAGAAAAGGAAUAAAAUUUUCUUAUUUCGUAUUUUUUUAACAUCCUAAUUUUUGAGCUCUCAGUUCUGUAAAUAAUUUUCUGGCAUUAUUUCAACUUCUUGCUAAGGCUUGAACAGCUGUUAAAAGCAGUUAGUGAUUCUGGCCCAGAAGUAAAGAUCAUUCAUAUUUUCUGAAAGACGGGGCAUAUUUUUUUUGGGAAAACAUUGAAAAACCUUGUGGCAAUAGGGGACGAAAGACCUGGCUUUUCAAAUGAGGAGGCCUGUAACGCAUAGGAAGUGGCUGUCCAUCUGGAUUCAAGCAUAUAUCAUCCCCACUGCAAAAUCUCUUGUGGCUGUAGUGCAGCAGGUACCUUUUUAAUGAAUGCACAUCCUUCACACUCGAUGUGAAUUCCUGUUCAAGUGGUCAGAAUUCAGUGCUUCAGUGAAGAGCAAGUAAAACAAAACAUACCAUGUUAAAUGGAAUUAAAAUUUUACAGUGCACAUUUUAAUAUAUAUUUUAUAUAGAUAUACUUGGAAAAAAAUCAAAUGUAUCCAAUAAUAAAAAAUACAUCACAUUAAAGUA